ACUUGUUUUUCAUGACUUUACUUUAGUGAAUUCUUUGAAUAAAUUUUAUUUAUAGUUGUAUAUUUAUAUUUAUUGUAGUUAGAUUUAAUUAAAUUUAUUUAUAAAAUGAAAGUGUCCAGAAUGGGGACAGUUAAAUCAGUUCGAUCUGUAAGAUCGAUGCGGUCCGUUAAAUCUGUGCACAGCGUUUCAGAUGACGAUAUCAAGGAGAAUUUUGAGACCUAUCUCCCUUUAAUUUGCAGAAAGUUCCCAAAAGAAAUACCAUAUCCUGUCAUUGUCAAGAAGGAAUACCAACGCGAUGGCUUCUUUCAAUCACUUAAACAAGAGGAGACUGUAAAAUAUAAAAAAAUAAGCGUGAAGCACCCUGUUUUGUCCAGCAAAGUCAGUACACGUGUGGAUUUAGAAAAACUUGAUGAAAAAUUAAUUAAUGAUACUAGCACGGAAAUUGAUUUACUAGCCGACGAAAAUGCUAUAUUAAUAAUAGCUUUUUAUGAUAAUAUGAAACGUCUUACUGAAAUUGUUCUUCAUAAAACAAAGGUACCAAGAGCAUUAAUUCAAAUAAUCAGUUAUUUAGCUCCGUCAUAUGAACAAUUAACGAAAUUAUCUAUACGAUCUUGUCGUAUUGACAUGUAUACUAAUCACGAAUUAGCUAAAAUGCUUCCAUUAUCUUCGAUAACCAAUAUAUGCCUCGAUGGAUCCUUUGUACCAGAAGGAAAUUAUCACAUUUUAUUGGACGCAAAAUGCGUGCGUCUCAGAAAUAUCUCUCUAUGCAGAUGUCAAAUCAAUGAUGUAGUUUGCAAGUUAAUAGCAUUGAAGUUAUGUCACCCAUGUCCAGCCGAGAAGAGUUUAUUGCUUCUAAAUCUAACAUCUAACCACAUUACGGAUAUAGGAGCGAAGUACUUAGGUGAAGCUCUUAGAACAAAUAGAUGUUUACGAUAUUUGAACUUAUCAGACAACCACAUAGGUGAUGACGGAGCUGGGUACAUACUUGAUGCUUUGCAAUGUUUUUCUUUAACAUAUAAUGAAAAUAUAAAUAAACGUAAAAAGCAUAUUGAAUAUUUAAAAAAGAGACAUGCAGUGUACUUGAAAUAUUUAAAUGAAUUAUAUGCAAAUAGAUCUAAUGAUGAAUAUAGCCAGAACAGUAAAAUAAAUAGUACUAAAAAAAAGAAAGGUUCAACAACUUCAUUGAAAAGUAAAUGCAGCUCAAGAAAAGAAACAAAAAAAGAAAAUUUGCCCCUUUAUUUGGAAGACAGUAAACAUAGAGCUGAAAUGAUAGCCGGAGAAUUGGUUGGACCUUUUCGUGAUCCUUUCAGCAGUGGAGCAGUUAAUCCAGAAAAUGGACACUGUUAUUGUCUCGGUAACAUGGUACUUUGUUAUUUGAAUUUAUCUUAUAACAAUUUGUCUUACUUGAGUGUUAAUAAACUUUAUAAUGUAUUACAAUAUCAAAGUACUGUAAAAAAACUAAACGAGACUGGUCUGAUGAAAGUUAUUUUAGAUGGUAACUACAUGCCAGUAUUUUGUGACGAGUAUAAUUCUAUUGUUGAAUUUUUAAACAAAAGUUUGUCCAAUUUUGGAGGAAAACUAUUUUCAGAAUUUGGCAGAAGGAAAAGUCGUACUGGUACAAGAAUAUCGAUAGUGCCUGAACGUAACAUACCAAAGAAAUAAAAUGCUGAAUUUGUUUGAUCAUUUUCAUUUUAAUUAGUAUGAAACAUUUACACUUAUAUACAAAAUAUAGAAAAGAAAAUUAAACUACAUAGGAAAUAUCAAUGUGUUCUUAUUAGUAAUGA